GACGAGCUCCGACCGAAAGUUGUCGAGGACUGCCGAUUUCCUCCAGUGACGCCGCACGCCGUCGUGUCUUUCUUCUCCGGCAAACUCGCGAGCAGCUGCAGAUCCCAGUUUCCAAUCGCCAAUCUCAGCCCUUCCCCGCGCGACUCCAUCUACGAACAGCAACAGCGGCCCGCCGUGAUGAGCAGCAGCUUCCGGCCGUUCAUCCGACCCUUCGUCAUCCCUCCCCGGCAGCCUGAAGUCGCGCCAUCCUCGAUCCGAACGGCGAGCAGAAGUCGUUCAGGAGCACCCGUUCACACCGAAAUUUUCAGACAAGCAGCAAUCGGCCCUUUUCAGCGAGCAGCGGCCGAUUCCUUUCCGACGGGCAGCGGUGCGAGCAGCCGGGCUGUUUCUGCGAGCAGGCCGGGAGUGUCGUCGACGAACGGGAGAGUAGCCGAGGGCCACCGGACUGAGGCAAACCUAGCCACAUAUUCUUCCGGUGAUUUCGUUCGUUUUUAUACGGCA